ACGCACCGGGGUUGUUCCUCGUCUUCCUCAAGGCCUUGUGAGGAAGCAGCUUGUCUUGAAGCCAAAAGGCCAAGCGUUGGGCUUUGUUCAGCCUCGCCCUGCAAGCGCUUGAAGGCGCAAACUCAGGCUGAGGACCUUCAGCAGAUGAGGAGCUCCACCCUGCUGCCAGCCGAGAGGAAGAUGAGGUUGAGGUUUGACCCACAGCGUGGCCCCAAGGCUGCUCCGGGCGGCGCUGGGCGGCUGCACACCCUGUGGGUGCUGCACUCGGCUCCGGCCGCCGCUGCUGUGCCACAGCAGAAGGUUUGCAAGGUUUCCUCGGCACUGCCCACUCUCGGGGUUGGGCUGAGCACCAGAGGGGUCCCCAAAUCCCCCUCCACACUGCCCACUCCAGGGCAGGGCACCCGGGUUAUCGGAAGGCCCAAGCGGAGGGGGCAUGGGGAGGGCUGCCUUGGGCGGAUGAUGCUUUGGGGUUCGCGGUUGGGUGAGGGAAAUGCUCUUUGGCAGUUGCCUUUGCAUCACGCCCAGACAGGGUGGGCUCCGUGCCAUGGUGAUGCCUGCGGCCGUGUCCAAAGGGGCUGCGCUCAGCGGGGCCGCAAGGGUCACCUCAACAGAAGGGAGAAGUGUUGGUCUGGUCCAGGAGCUGCACAGGGGUAACACUUGGCUUCUUCGGUCUAAUCAAGGGGUUGGGAGCAAAGUUUGGAGCCAGUCUGGGGUGCGGGGCUGGUGCGAGUUGGGAGCAGUGCGCUGGAGACCUCACUGUGGGGACUCUGGUCUCUUGGGGCAGUUUGGAGACAGCUGAGACAGCUUCCACCUGUGCCCCUGCCUGGGAGAGCUGAGAGGGGUUGGAGAAAGCCUUUGCCAGGGGAUGAGACGAUGCUGAUGUCGCAGACGGACCUUCCCUUGCAGAGGCUCUGCCACGGCACUUGGAAAUGAUGACAAAGGUGCAAAUAUCAAACCUGUGGUCUUAGCUCUUACCCUACAUUGAAGGUGAGAGUGACUCUCACCCAGGUGAAGGUGACUCUCACCCAGGUGAAGUUCUGCCCCUGCAAACCUGCCUGAAACGCAGUGGUUCGUUAGUCUGGCAGCUGAGAGUCAUGAGUGGAGGGAGGGUCUGGCAGGGAGGAAGGGGCUUAUGGUGCAUUAACAGAUUGUUUUCUGUCUGUAAGCCCUGAGCAGUGUUCAGGGGCUGCGUGUCCUCCAGGGCCACCGACCCCCAGUCCCCGCUGUGCGAAGUCACUGAGCCGUCACACAGGUGGGAACGCCGGGGACCAGGAAUUUCUCUCUGGCCACAGCUUCCAUCAGCUGAUGCUUCUGACAAAACACUUGGCUUCUCCACUCCCCUCUUGGCAGCCCCUGGGCUGAGCCUGCAGCGCUGCCUUAGACCGCGCCGAGCUCUGCCGUGUUCUCUGCUCUUGGCUCCUGCUUGGGCUUGGUUGAACCUCGCGCGGGGCUCGGAGGGCUCCCAAAUGUCCGACUCGCUGCUCAACCACUCCUGGCCAUCGUUCUCGAAACGCUGGAAGAAGAGAUGGUCCUUUAAGCGAGGGUCUGACUGCAAACCAUGCUUACGGGAAUUCAGUGACCGCGGCACCCCUGCUUUGGAGGAGUAUCACACCCCCAAAAGAUUCCUCCCAUCCCUGAUCGCUGAGGAUGACACUAUCCGCGCCAGCAUGGCCAAAGAAAAGGAGGACUCGUCAUCCACAGAGCUGGAUGUCCCAGCAGCAGACUUGCACAGCAGCACCGAGGACCUCCUCUCCGACUCUGCUCUCUGUGGCACAGAGUAUUACAGGGAUCUGGGACUCCAGAGCCUGCCAGUCGCCAAAGCAGCCCCAGAGACUGCGGCACAGCCACAACACGCAACUCGGGCUGUGUCUGCCAUUCGCUUAUUAGAAGAGACACCUCUGAGCAAAAUGUCUGUGGACGUUGCUUUUUCCAAUCCCAUUUCCUGCUCGGUGCGUUACGGCGAGGCCGAUUGCCGCUUUCUGAACAAAGGCCACGUUUGCUCCUGUGCAGCGGUGCCAGAAGAUGGUACCAAUGCUUCUGAGUGUCCUGCAGAGGCAGACAAGGAGCUGGACUUGCAGGAGGCUGAGGAUUCCUUCCCCACGCUGGUGAGAUCGAUGUCCACCUCUCGGAGGCACAGCUGGGAGAGCCCUUUAUCCCCCAUGGAUUGCAAGCGCAGGUUCAGCUUGGACGUCACAGAGAUCGGCAGUGACCCAGAGGAUGUGGAGAAGGGAAGCCAGGCCUGUCCGCAGCCUCUCGUGUCCCUUCAGCUGACCAAAGGGGAACUGGAAAGCUGGAGGAGCAACGUCGGGGCCAGCACGGUGAUCAAAGUGGAGAUAGAGCCGUUGCACCCACACCUCACAGUCAGCCGCGGCUCAGAGGAGGCGGAAUGUGGCAGCAGUGGGAAGAGACUGAGGUCAAAGUCCGUCCCGUCAGUGUGUGAGGUGGUUGCUUCCCCUCAGAUACCCUGCGGUUUUGACACUCCUCUUCCAGCCGUGGAAGGUGUUGAACCCCCUGCUUUGGAGGUGCUGGAGAAGGACCACGUGUCCCCAGACCACGUGUUAAUUGUCCAGCAGGUACUUCAGGAGCUGAAGCAAUACCAUGGGGCAAAGCAGAGAGCUUGUGUGCAAGAAGGCAGCGAUUCUUCCCAGCAGAACCUCACCUGGUUCGAGUUCCUGUCUAAUGAAAAUGAAGACAGUGGAAAAAGUGAUAAAGCAGAAAAAGGCACAAAGGUGAUGAGACGUCUGAGUUCCCUGCGGAGCCGAGUCACUGGAUCCUGGCAGAAAGAUAAGGGUAAGAACAAAGAGCAGCCAAAAGAGAGAGAGAAGGAGAAAGAGACAAAGGAGCCAAAAGAGAGGUGGAAAGAGAUCAACGGGCACCAGCUUGUGCCAGGGGUUUUCUCCAGUUGCACCAGCUGCUCGCUGUGUGCCAAACCUCUUGUGAAUAAAAGUGGUCUGCAGUGCCUGAACUGUGCAGUGAAUGUCCAUAAGAACUGCAGGAGUUUACUGGCUGAAUGCAGCAGCAGCCGACCCAAGCAGAAGGAUUUGCAGCACAGACCUUCUGGAUCUCCGCAGAGUUCGCCCCAGUGCAUUUCCCCAGCCGCUUCUCUGAAGGAGCAGCCCCGAAGUCUUCUCCUGGGACCGGAUGGCACCCCAGUACUGUCGCGGAAUCUCGGUAUGACUAUCACCCAAAGAGGGAAUUCUCAGUCUUCAUUGAAUACUGCGGGAGCUGUUAAUAAAUUUGGACUAAUUGCAGGAGACAUGGAUGAAGGGGAUUCAGGCUUUAUAAAAUUUAAGCAGACUUCAGAUGAUGUUGUCUCGCUUGCACCUUCAACAGCAGACUCCAUUUUUCUGGAAGAUGCAUACUCUGUGUCCCUCCGAAAUGAAACAGAAACAGAUGCUCACGAGUUUGAGGCAGAGUCUUGGAGUGUUGCAGUGGAAGAGUCUUAUGCAAAAAGGCAAAGGAAAGAUGUUAGAAAAAGGCAAGAUGUCAUUUAUGAGCUGAUGCAGACUGAAAUGCACCAUGUGAGGACGCUGAAAAUAAUGCUGAAGGUGUACUCCAAAGCCAUGAGAGAGGAGCUGCAGUUCCCAAAUGCAGUCAUCAACAAGCUCUUCCCGUGUGUGGAUGAGCUGCUGGAGAUGCACGGGCAGUUCCUGCUCCAGUUGAAGGAGCGACGAAAGGAGUCCUUGGAAGAAGGCAGUGACCGAAAUUAUAUAAUACAGAACAUUGGAGACCUCUUGGUAAAACAGUUUUCAGGUGAAAAUGGGGAGAGAAUGAAAGAAAAAUACGGCGUAUUCUGCUGUGGGCACAAUGAAGCUGUUAGUCACUAUAAAGACCUGCUCCAAAGCAACAAGAAGUUCCAAAACUUAAUAAAGAAAAUCAGCAACUGUUCCAUCGUGAGGAGGCUGGGUGUCCAGGAGUGCAUCCUUCUGGUGACACAGCGCAUCACCAAGUAUCCGGUCUUGGUGGAACGUAUCAUUCAGAACACAGAAGGUGGAACUAAAGAUUAUGAAGAGCUGACCCAGGCCCUUAGUUUGAUUAAGGACACAAUCACAUAUGUAGAUGCCAUGGUAAAUGAGUGUGAGAAGGGGCAGCGCCUUAAGGAGAUUAUGCAUAAAAUGGAGCUAAAAUCAUCUGGGAAAUUCAAGAAUGGGCUUUUCUUCCGGAAGGAUGACAUGGGGCAGAGGCGGCUUCUGCUGGAUGGAAUGCUGUACUGGAAAGCUGCAUCGGGGCGACUCAAAGAUAUUCUGGCAGUCCUGUUAACCGAUGUGCUGUUGCUCCUACAAGAAAAGGACCAAAAAUAUACAUUUGCAUCAGUGGACUCUAAACCACCAGUUAUCUCAUUGCAAAAGCUGAUUGUAAGAGAGGUCGCUAAUGAGGAGAAGGCAAUGUUCUUAAUUAGCGCUUCCUUAAAAGGACCAGAAAUGUAUGAAAUUCACACAAGCUCAAAAGAGGAGAGGAAUUCCUGGAUGGCACACAUCCGCAGAGCUGUAGAAAGUUGUCCUGAUGAAGAAGGAGGAACUUUUAAUGAACCUGAAGCAGAGAGGAGGCUGGCUGAAGCAAGAGCUGCUAAGUUAAAAGAUUUUCAAGAGCGUUUGAACAUGAAAGAUGACCUGAUUCUGCAAAGCCUAACUGAGAAGCAACAGAUUUAUCUAGAAAUGUCUGAGAUGAACGGGUUUGAAGACCAUUUCCAGGGAUCCCGAUCUCGGCUGCUUCUUCGCGGGGAUAUCUCAGAAAACCUGCAAGGAGAGGCUCUUCUAAAGUCUGCAGUGACAGAAGCGGAAGAUCUCCAGAACUUUAUCUUCACGCACUUAGGCAGCGGAUCCUGUCAGCCUGCAGACGGUUCUGGGUCAGGACUCCCCAGGAGAGCGGAGACCUUUGGAGGAUAUGACAGUAGCCCCGCCAUUUCAAACAGAAGUGGGAGUUUUAGGAAGAACAGUGGUGGUGACCAGAGACAGUGGGACUGGAGGGGCCCUGCAGUCAGUUCAGACGUGCAGCUCCACGAUCUCCCUUCUGAUGCAGAAGAAGGAUCUCAAACGACACAGAGCGAUGUAACGAGGCUGGAUGACAGCAGUUCUCAGCCCACCAUCGAGUCUCAGCUUGUCCAAAGGAUACAAACGCUGUUACGGUUGCUCUUCAGCCUUCAGGCAGUGAUAUCUCAGCAGGAUAGCUACAUCGAGGUGCAGCGAGCCACCAUGGCAGACCGGGAGAAGCAAUACCGGCUGCAGUCCACGCGAGGCAACCUGCUGCUGGAGCAGGAGAAACAGCGGAACUUUGAAAAGCAAAGAGAAGAACUGAUGAAUGUACAGAAACUUCAGAGCCAGCUGAAGCUGGAGCAGCAGCGCCUGGAACGGGAAAGAAGUAGGCAGCAGAGGGAAUUUGAAAGCACAGAAGCUCGGCUGCAGGAGCGUGAAGAGGAGACAAGGCAGCUGAGAGAGAAGUUGAACCAGGAGAGGGAAGAACUGGAGAGGCAGCGAGAGGCCUACCAGCAUGACCUGGAGAGACUGCGGGAAGCUCAGAGGGCAGUUGAGAAAGAGAGAGAGCGUCUAGAUCAGCUACGCAAGUUGAAGAAGCAGAACACCGUGUCAGGCACGUUUUCCCCAGAAAUGGGACAGAGCCAGCUGCUAAGUCAUUCUGUGAGCUUCAACGGAGAAGGGGGGGAACCAUCUCCGCCCGUCUUGAAAACCUCUGUGAGAGUGAGCGUCGCUGGGCUGGAUUACCUGGAGCGACCAGACUUGGUUCGUAGGGACAGUACCACCCUGGAGAAUCGGCCGGCUCUCGCACUGAAGAAUGAAGUGCCAAUCCAUCUCCUGAGUGCGACUAAUCAGAUCCAGAAGCCGGCUGCGGUCCAGCAGCAGAUUCCUACAAAGCUGGCCACUUUCACAAAAGGAAGCAAAGAGAAAGGUGGGAAGAAUAAAGCAUCUCAUAGGACAGACAGUGCAGCAUCUGUUGAUCAGAAGCAGCUGCUUCCCCCCAGGCUCAUUGGGCGAGAGGAGGCCGUCCUGCGGGGCAGGCGAUCGGCAAGUCCCGUCCUCCCAAGCAGCCAGACCGCUGCGUUCCAGCCAGAAUUGUAUGGCCCCACAGACGCUCAGCUGGAAGCGCCUUCCUCUGCUUCAGCGAACCUCCUCAAGCCCAGUAACGUUCACGUUCAGGCCCUGGUGACCUCUCAGCCCGGUCUGUUAAAUGUGCAAGAUGAUACCAGCAAAGAAGAUGUCAUUUUCUUCUGAUCGUUUCCAUUUAAAGAUUUGUCUUCUGACAUAACUGUUUCAAAAACUCGGGCCCAGCGUGCAGCGUCACAGAUACCUGGCACUGAUAUCUUUCCAUCCCUGCCCUGUUACUACAAGCAAGGAUACCUGGAUUACUGUUCUGCUUUGUUGGCUUCUCUGCCAGCAGCUCAGAACGAGGGCACGGUAGUAAUGAUUUGCUUUUAAAUGCUCCAUGGCAAAGUAUUGACACAUGGCAUGGGUGUAUAAAUUCAGAGCAUAUUAAAAUGCUGCCAUUUACUGUAACGCGCUCGUUUUUGGAGAAUGUACACUCUGUGGGCAUCACCUUGUGAAUUGUUAUAAUGGAUGUUGAACCGCCCAGAUUUUUAUGUAAAGAAUUUUAGUAGUAGGCCCCAAAAUGGCUGCUAAUUUUUAACUCCACUUCCCCAGGUCGCUGUAAUGGCUGAUGCUAAUGCUGUGCUAAUCACUAGCUGACUAGCGAGCCAGUCUCCUCACAGCCAGGCGCGACAGACGUGGCGAUUGCGUCUCUGUUUCUGUAGCAAGGUCUAUGGAGCGCGUCCUCAGUGGCCAGGUACAGCAAAAGAGAGAAGGGAAAGCAGCUUAGCGGAGUCUCCCCAGGUCAGGAGCUCCACCUGAUUGCGGAUGAGAAGGGUUGGACGUGUGAGAGCGCACAGCGGUAAUGAAGAAUUGGACUGAAUGCCCAUUUCCCGGGCCAUCAGCUCGCACUGGGAAGCCGGUCUCCUCGAGGACACUGGGUACCUCUCCCAAGCAAAACUCAUGAGUUGGUUCAGAAUGAACCUAGAGACUUGGCUGUUGCUCUUUGCUGAAGAGGUGUAUACGAAGCGUUUGAAUGCAGUAAUUUAUUGUCUUGUUUAAUCCUAAGUUUUUUCUGCAUCUUUUGUUUGUCUGUCGACUUGUUUGGACUUUACUGCAAGUACCAGAAGAUAUCAAAGCUGCUGUUACUGCGGAGGCUCCUCUGCAGCUCCUUGUGGGGAAUGAAGGGAAUGAGAACUGUUUGAGUUUAGAAUUAAAGCAAAAGAAAUACUCUGAGCUAAACCUGUGUUGGUUCAGCUGCUUCCAGCUAAACCAGCUUUGAUACCUCUUGUUAAAUGGGUCAGUUCUUAAUCAUGGAAUGGUGAUGGCAUUAUGUGUUCUGCUCAGAAGGCAUUAUUUCCUUGUAGUAAUUUGCACAGUCGUUUUGUUGUGUUGUGUCACUUCACUCCGUAUCUCAGUUCUUGAUUUCACACAGCACCUCGGGAUGUGGAUCCCAGUCCACGCGGAACGCGAGUGACUGAAUAUGUUGUGCACAGGAGAGGUUGUUCAGGGGCCGUUACUACAGGAUUAAAGAAAUCACCGUCUCAGAGCUUAAAAACUUGCAUUAAGGCCUUUCAGAAUGUGAUUAGUAAUAGGCUUUUUUCAUAUCUUUUACUCUGGUUUAAGGUGAUUUUUGGCACUGGUGGGUGAUCGCUGGUCAGUUCUCCAUCUGGCUGCAAGGCAAUGGCAUUACAUGGCAAGUCAUCAGUCUCCUCACAUCACUGGUGCUGUCUCGGUGGUUCUGCUCCCUGUGAUGUUAGUAACGAUCUUUAAGGCUCUGGCUGCUCUUUGCUUGAAAGCAAAUUACAAUUAUUUCAGUAGCUUCAGUGCUAUAUUAUAAAUUUUCAGCAGAAGAUACGGAGUUUAUUUUCAGGUGGUGAUAGUUCGGGUUAUCAUCUUCAGGAAAGAAACUGAGAAAUCCUGAUUUACUCGUCAGCGUGAGAGGGGAAGAAUAAGCUACAAAUACUGAACUGCUCUGGGGAAGCAAGUGCUCCUCGCUGCAACACUGCUGGGGUUUCAGGGUCUCUUUCUUCGCCAAGUGAUUCUGGUGUAGGCCCGAAGCAGUGGGGUCCAACAAGAGGAAACCUCAAACCAUCUGGCUUGUUCCCAGGCUGGUGGUAUCUCCACCCCUCCAGAAAUUCUUGCUAUGGAAUUGAACGCACUUCACUGUGAUACCAAGGGACUGCUUGGUAAAUUAUUGACAUUGAGGAGUUACCUCGGUUAUCAGUGGUUGGAUUUGCGGAGUGGAGGAUGCAGUGAUUUUUGCCUUGUUGCGAUAUGAUAUUGAUGAUGGUUAGAACAUGGUUCUACCCUGUAGCAAUUGUUUUUCGUUGCUAAAAGCUAGGUUGGGGUGGAGGCAGGUCAAAAUUCUGUGCCUCCUAGGUGCCUUUUGGUUUCUUUCUGCACUGGGGUGUGGAGGAGAUCACAGCACGAGCUUUGAGCUGCCUUCCCAUUGCGUUGUGUCACAGCCUUGAAACGGUUGUCCUGUUUGUCCUUUAAUGUUGUGACGUUUUGAUGCAGAGGCUGUUCCUGUGAGUCUGAUUUUCACUUUUUGCUCUGGUGUGAAGGCUGCUUCCUCUUCCCCUUCCCAUCCGGACUAUGGGCAUUUCCUAUUUCAGAUUGAAGAUCCCUCCGUAUUCCCUAGUACCGCGCACCUCUGCCUUGUCUGUUUUGUGAAUGCUGUCCCAGUUCUUAGCUGUGCUGUCUGUGGAUUAUAGUUGUGGCGUGGCCCAGAAAUUGAGAUCACCAAUCAUUUCCCAGUCUGAGGCAGAAGAAUCGGUGUGUCUAGAGAUGCUUGCUCAUCCAGAUAAUGGCAUUCCUGCAAAGGUACGAGUAAUUCCCAAUAAUCUGCAGUCAGUUUUAUCUUUCUGAUUAGUAGUCAGGCAGUCCUCUGUACGUGGAGCUUGGUGUUUGCCAUUUGCAUUUACAGUGGAAGUUUUAAACUAGAAAGGGGUUAAAAUAUAUAGAUUUUGUUUCAUUUCUGCUUUCAACCCUGCAGAACAGGAGCUGCGGCUCCCUGGUGCUCUCAGCGUUAUCCCUGUGUGUUGUGCCCCUGUGCAAGGGAAUCUGGAACGUUUUGUUGUCUUCCCCAGCAGUUCCCACAUUUACAAGAAGGAAAAAAAAACCUCUUGGGCACGUGCUCUCUUUGCCUGAUCUUGUGAAUGAGGUAAAGAAAAGCCUUUGCCCCUGCUCUCGCUCGAGGCCAGACCUAAUCCAACAUCUUUGUAACCACUGGCGGCUUUUUGUCGUUCACCCUCGGAGCUCCGGUUCGGUUCAUACCACUUUGUGCCAUGUUUAUAAAUCAGGUUUUAUAUUUUUGUACUGAGAGAAACGGGAGCACUUUAAAAAAGCUUAUUUCAAGUUCUGUUUCUGUUUGUACCUGGAAGGAAACCUGUCAUGAAAGCAGAUCCCGUUGGCAUAACCGCGCGCAUCUCGCUCAGAGCUGUGAACUCUCGAUGCUUUCAGUCUUAGGUCUGGUUUCUGGGCCCACCUUGCACUGUAAAGAUUUAAUAAAUAAUCAUGGUCCGUGGUUAAAUCGACCAUUUUAGGGAAGCGGUUGGUUUUUGUUAGUGUGUAAACAUUGUAAAUAAUUCCUUUACCGUGGAUACUGCAGUGGCAGCAUCUUUGUAGCCUUUAUUUUAUUUGUAAAGUUGCUGGUUAAAUGUUAAUAUUCUGUUGAAUCGUGCACUCUGGAUGAAUUGUAAACUUGAUCAUAGCACUCCAAAUGAUGAUUUUUACAAUAAUUGCAAUGUUCUCCACUGAAGGGUUUUAGAGCUGCAAUAGGACCGAAACCAACUUCUAGCAAUAAAGAAAAAUUAAA